AUGGACGAUCCCUCAAUUGCAAGGUUUGCUGACUAUUUAACCGAACAGUGGUUUGAAAGAGAAGACAUACAUAAUUAUUUGGAACCAUUUUCACACUGCUUACAAACAGUGUUACAAGAUAAACUGUAUGGCCAACAUUUAGUUCUGAGAGCAGUAGUCAAUCAUGUUAGAGCUCACUUUGAAAAUAAACAUCCACCAAAAGCUUUGACUCUGUCCUUUCAUGGUGGAAUUGGCACUGGUAAAAGUUAUACUGCUAAAAUUAUCGCCGACCAUUUAUUUAAAGGUGGAAUGACCAGCCCAUUUGUUCAUUUGAUAUCAGCUUCUAAAGAGUUUCGCAGGAAAGAUAUGAUUGACGUGUAUCGGGAUCAGAUCCACAAUUGGAUAGAGACUAAUAUAUCAGUAUGUAGUAGAUCAUUGUUUAUUUUUGAUGAAAUGGAUAAAAUGCCAGCUGGAUUAUUGGACACCAUUAAACCAUAUUUAGAUUUUUAUCAACAGAUAGGUGGUAUAGAUUAUAGAAAAGCUACGUUUCUGUUUCUAAGCAAUUCCGCAGGUAGACAAAUAACGGAUUUUACCUAUAAACAAUUGAAGAGUAAUGUUUCCAGAGAAUCCAUCAAACUGAAAGACAUGCAGAAUAUCAUUCUAAACCAAAUUGGUAACGAAGAUAUAUCUCGCUUUCAAAUUAUAAUACCAUUUUUACCAUUAGAAAAAAGACACGUAAAAAGAUGCAUUCAAGACGCGAUGGAGGCUCGAGAAUAUUUUAUUUCAGAAAGUAUCGUUCAAGAAGUGAUGGAUGAAAUUGUCUUUUAUCCACAAGAUGAAAAGAUUUUUACAGUUACCGGUUGCAAGAAGGUUUCGGAUAAAAUGGAAUACGUGAUGUUUAGUUAA